CUUUAAUAUUGAUAUUUUAGUUUAGUUCCAAGGAUGGAAUAUACAUUACCCGUCAUAUAGCUUUACGUAGUGGCAUGCCAAAUGCUGUACCAUGUCUCACGGUCAAUCGGUUAUGUGGUUCCGGUUUUCAAGCAGUUGUAACUGGCUGUCAAGAAAUAUGUUUACGAGAGGCUGAAAUUGUGUUGGCUGGAGGUGCAGAAAGUAUGAGCCAAGUUCCUUACUGUGUGCGAGACAUUAGAUUUGGUACAAAAUUUGGAACUGAUUAUAAGUUUGAAGAUAUGUUGUGGAGUUCUGUGUAUGAUACAUAUGUGGACAUGCCCAUGGCUAUAACUGCUGAAAACUUGGCAGUAAAAUACAAAAUUUCUAGAGAAGAAUGUGAUGAAUUUGCUUUAAAAUCUCAGAAACAAUGGAAGCAAGCUCAUGAUAAUGGGCGAUUCAAAUCUGAACUCAUAUCAAUACCUGUGAAAGUUAAGGGAAAGGAAGUUUCGUUUGAUACAGAUGAGCAUCCCAGACAUGACUCAACAAUUGAAGGACUUGCUAAAUUAAAACCAGUCUUUAAACAAGGAGGAACUGUAACAGCUGGUAAUGCAUCAGGUAUUUGUGAUGGAGCUGCUGCUAUUGUUUUAGCUAGUGAAGAUUCAAUAAAAGAAAAUAAACUUACUCCUCUGUCCAGAAUCAUGGGUUAUAGUUAUGUUGGUGUUGAUCCUGCUAUCAUGGGUAUUGGACCAGCUGAUGCAAUUAGGAAGCUGUGUGAAAAUACUGGAGUCAAACUAAAUGAUGUGGAUUUAAUUGAUGUAAAUGAAGCCUUUGCGUCUCAGUUUCUAGCAGUUCAAAAGGAAUUGAAUUUAGAUCCCAGUAAAACUAAUGUUAAUGGCGGUGCUAUUGCAUUAGGUCACCCUGUAGGUGCAUCUGGUGCUAGAAUUCUUGCAAAUCUUACGUAUGAAUUACGGGCAAGGAAAGCAAAAUAUGCCAUAGGAUCAGCCUGCAUUGGAGGUGGUCAAGGCAUAGCUGUCAUGCUGGAAAAUCUAAGUUAAUUAUGCUGUUGACUCAAGAUUACUACUUGAGUUAAAACACUUAAUUCAAGAAAUAAGAAUUGUGCCUAUUUAAAUAUAUAUUUUAUAUUUUUGUACACUUUUUUCCCUUUUUAAGUUUGUAAUUUUGUAUCAUUCAGACUAAUAAAUAUAUUCUAAGAUAAUAA